AUGAUCAGUAGUAGUAAUAAUAAGGUUUAUUUUCAUACUUCUGUAAAAACAGUAUCAACUACAACUUCCAGUUUUUCCACCAUCUCUACUAAUAAUAAUAACAAUGUUAUUAAUCACAAAGUUGGAGUUAUUGGAGCAGGACAAAUGGGAUUGGGAAUUGCAUUUGUAAUUGCAAAUGUUAGUCGUUUACCUGUUAAAAUCAUGGAUUCAAAUCCAAAUCAAAUUGAAAAAGCAUUGAAAUUUAUUGAUGGCCUACUUGAGAAAGACAUUAAAAAAAAUCAAAUUACAGAAGAACAUGCUAGUUUAACAAAAUCAUUAAUUAAAACAACAGAAAAUAUUUCAGGGUUAAGUGAAAUGAAUUUUGUGAUUGAAGCAGUACCAGAAAAUCUAGAAUUGAAAAAAAAGGUGUUUAUUGAUCUGGAUAAGUCAACUAAACCAGAUACAAUUCUUGCCACCAAUACCAGUAGUAUUAGUAUUACUAAGAUUGCAGCAGUUACAAAAAGACCACAGAAGGUGAUUGGUAUGCAUUUUAUGAAUCCGGUGAGUGUGAUGAAAUUGGUUGAAAUUAUUCCUGGUUUAGCCACAUCAGAUGAAACUUUUGAUACAACCAAAAAUUUAGCUAUUUCCAUGGGUAAAACAUGUACAUUGUCAAAAGAUGUUCCGGGAUUUAUAGCAAAUAGAUUAUUAAUGCCUUACAUUAAUGAAGCUAUUAUGGUAUUAGAACAGGGCAUAGCAACUUGUGAAGAUAUAGAUACCACUAUGAAAUUAGGUACAAAUAUCCCAAUGGGUCCUUUAACUUUAGCUGAUUUCAUAGGCCUUGAUACAUGUUUAGCAAUAAUGAAGGUGUUACAUACAGAGAUUGGUGAUACUAAAUAUAGGCCAGCUAUUUUAUUACAAAAAUAUGUUGAUGCUG